CGUGCGGCCGCCCCAAGCCCGGCCGAGCUUCUCGUCCCUUCCCCGGGGCUGCCGCAAUUUCCAUUAAUAGCCAGCUGAGCAGCCCGGCUAAAAAUAACCCCGGGCCCUCUUCAAAAGGCGGCGGUGGCCGCCCCCCGCAGCCCCGCACGCCAUGGCCGAGCGCCGCGUCCCCUUCACCUUCCUGCGCAGCCCCAGCUGGGACCCCUUCCGCGACUGGUACCAUGGCAGCCGCCUGUUCGACCAGUCCUUCGGGAUGCCGCACAUCCCCGAGGACUGGUACAAGUGGCCCAGCGGCAGCGCCUGGCCCGGCUAUUUCCGCCUGCUGCCCCGGGAGAGCGCGCUGAUGCCCGCGCCGCUCGGGCAGGCGCUGAGCCGGCAGCUGAGCAGCGGCGUCUCCGAGAUCCGCCACACCGCCGACAGCUGGAAGGUCACCCUGGACGUCAACCACUUCGCCCCCGAGGAGCUGGUGGUGAAGACCAAGGAUAACAUCGUGGAGAUAACCGGCAAACACGAGGAGAAGCAGGAUGAACACGGCUUCAUCUCCAGGUGCUUCACCCGAAAAUACACCCUUCCCCCUGGCGUGGAGGCCACGGCCGUGCGCUCCUCGCUGUCUCCCGAUGGAAUGCUGACGGUGGAGGCCCCCCUGCCCAAACCCGCCAUCCAGUCUGCCGAAAUCACCAUCCCCGUCACCGUGGAGAGCCAGGCCAAGGAGCCGGCCAAGAAGUAGGCGGCACCGAGGAGGAGGAGGAGGAGACGGAGGAGGAGGAGGAAGAGGAGAAGCCGCCGCUGCCCCCCGCCCCCAGCUGCCCCCUCACACCCACCCCCUUUUUACUGUUGAUUUUGUACUCGCCCUGCCACUGAGUGCCUUGAAUAAAU